UUAAUGGCCCAACAGUGGCCCAUUUUAAGAAGAAAGGAUUAUCGGCCGAAGAAUCUGAGAUUUCUUGUUCAAGGGGUUGGGGACUUUGCGAUUUCUCUCUGCUCGGCAAGUCCAUAAGCUCUCUCUCUCUCUCUCUCUCUCUCUCUCUAUCGCCUCCUUUCUCCGUUCCGUCACCACAAUCUCCACUAUUCUUGAUUUGACUUGAUUCGUUGUGGUUUUUUGCGAUGGGAGACAGCGGGAACCUCGAGGCGUCGAUAGAUCGGCUUCUGAACGAAGAGAAGCAGAUGAGGCUCGCGGAGAACGUCGCCGGGACGAGGAAAGCCGCGACUGAGAUUCUCCAGCUCUGUUUCGAAGCCAAGGACUGGAAGCUUCUCAACGAGCAGAUUCUCAACCUCUCCAAGAAACGUGGCCAGCUUAAACAGGCUGUGCAAUCGAUGGUGCAACAAGCUAUGCAGUAUAUCGAUCAGACUCCAGACAUUGAAACUCGGAUUGAGCUUAUUAAGACGUUGAACAAUGUGGCUGCUGGAAAGAUAUAUGUUGAAAUUGAGAGGGCUCGUCUGACAAGGAAGCUUGCUAAGAUUAAGGAAGACCAGGGUCAGAUCGCUGAGGCUGCAGAUCUUAUGCAAGAAGUUGCUGUGGAGACAUUUGGCGCUAUGGCUAAAACUGAGAAAAUUGCAUUUAUCCUUGAACAAGUCCGCUUGUGCUUGGAUCGUCAAGAUUAUGUGCGUGCACAGAUCUUGUCUAGGAAGAUCAAUCCUAGAGUGUUUGAUGCAGAUACGAAAAAAGAUAAGAAGAAACCUAAGGAAGGUGAGAACAUUGUAGAGGAGGCUCCUGCUGAUAUACCUACUCUGUUGGAGCUCAAGAGAAUCUACUAUGAGCUAAUGAUUCGGUAUUAUUCUCAUAACAAUGAGUACCUUGAAAUCUGCCGUAGCUACAAGGCAAUAUAUGACAUACCUUCUGUAAAAGAAACGCCAGAGCAGUGGAUUCCAGUCCUGAGGAAGAUCUGCUGGUUCUUGGUCUUGGCACCUCAUGAUCCAAUGCAAUCAAGCUUGCUCAAUGCGACUUUGGAAGAUAAGAACCUAUCAGAAAUUUCUGAUUUCAAGAUGCUUCUAAAACAGGUAGUGACAAUGGAAGUUAUUCAAUGGACAGCUCUCUGGAACAAAUACAAAGGCGAGUUUGAGAACGAGAAAAGCAUGGUUGGAGGCUCUUUGGGUGACAAAGCUGGUGAAGAUCUGAAGCUGAGAAUCAUUGAACAUAAUAUUCUCGUCGUCUCUAAGUACUACUCAAGGAUAACCUUAAAGAGACUUUCAGAGCUUUUAUGUCUAAGCAUUGAGGAGGCGGAGAAGCAUCUCUCAGAGAUGGUAGUGUCGAAAGCACUGAUUGCCAAAAUAGACAGACCAUCAGGAAUUGUGUGCUUCCAGAUCGCAAAGGACAGCAACGAGAUUCUCAACUCGUGGGCAGUUAAUUUGGAGAAGCUCUUGGAUCUUGUUGAAAAGAGUUGCCACCAGAUCCACAAGGAAACCAUGGUUCACAAAGCCGUACUGAGAUCUUGAACAUGUCGUUUAUUGGUUUUCGUGAAACCUUUUUAAGGAUCUUCGUUGAGUUAUUAGCGUCUUUGUGUGGAAGAAAAAAAAAACUAGAAACAUUUGUUUCCUUGGCAAGACGUAUGGUUCUGUACACUAGUGGAGUUUUUGCCACUUCUUGGUUUUAUCAGCCAUCUGUUUUCUUCA